AUGUCUUCUCGCUCUGGAACUACUCUGUAUGUUACCGGGUUUGGCCAUGGCACCCGUGCUCGCGAUCUUGCCUACGAAUUCGAACGUUAUGGGCGUCUUGUUCGCUGUGAUAUCCCUGCCCCGCGCACUCCCUCCAGCCGACUUUUUGCCUUCGUUGAAUACGAGAGUCGCCGCGAUGCUGAUGAUGCUUAUCAUGAGAUGCAUAACAAGCGUAUCGGUCGCGAUGAUUUGCUGAAGAUUGAGUGGGCACGCACUCCUCCCUCUGCUUCCUGGCGCUUCGACUCUGGCUCUGGCCGUGACGCUCCUCGUGACGCUGGCCGUGAUCGUCGCCGUGAUCGCACCCCUCCUCGCCGUGGUCGUUCCCCAUCCCCUCGUCGCAGCCGUGGCGGCGACUAUUCUCCUCGCCGAGACGAUCGGUACGAACGCGACACCGACCGCACCGACCGCGACUACGACCGCCGCGACCGCGAUUCUGACCGCCGUGACCGUGACCACGAUCGACGUGACCGUGACCGUUCUCGUGAUCGCUCUCGCAGCCCCGAUGACCGUGAACGUGAUGGCAAGGAUGACCGGGAAAGACGCGAUGAUGAUCGGGAGCGUCGCGAGGAGGACCGCGAGAACGGCCCCAACGGUGAGGACAGGAAAGUGCUACGUUCAUUCGCUCUCGAACCAUGUCUCCCGUCGCCAUUAUGUUUUCGUCUUCGGAAGGUGUCCUUCAUUGCGGUUGUGCCAACUGGGGGGAGGAGGAGACAAGGUUAUCGCCCCAGUAUGGCUCUAUCCUGUGGCAUAUCUCGUAUCUCGUCCCCCUUUGCCUCUAUGUCUCUGAUUUCAAAUGGCGUGAAGCUUGCUCUUCGGGACAAGCUGGGGCCAAGUGAACGUGUGACACCUGCUUCCCCUACUUUUUCAAUUUCGUUUUUCCCCCAAGUUAUUCCCAAUAUUUCUUUUUUUGAGGUUGGUAAUUUAUCCUGGUCAGCAGCUCGGAUCCUACCGAAGCGAACGUCGAGCGAUCGUUCCAAGUCCGCGCCCAAAUACCACGAUGAAUUCCGUUUCGCCCUCCCGUCUUUUUGGGAGUCCCUCUAUCCUAAUACAACAUUCUCCUGCACUUUGGGCCCUACUAUCCUUAGAGCACAAGACUACCUUAUUCAACGUUCAGAUACUCUCUACUGUCAUGAGUUCAGCAAAUCAAACAGGAAUCAGCAUUGCAAUCGAUGUAUUAGCCUUCUUUCCCCCUCAACACUGACAAGGCAAAGAGGGGCGGGACAUUCACGGAUUGCGUUGGAAAUCCAGGGACUGGCCGCUUGGAAGAUGACAUUGUCAUGGAAUCCCUCGUGGGGAACCCAUCGAUACUUCUUUGAUCCAGAGCAUCCGCAUGGGCACAAUUGUGGCAACAAAUGCGCUGCUCGAACGGAAGGGGGAGAAGGUAGCGCUGGUGGUAAGCAAGGGCUUCAAAGACUGCCUCGAGAUUGGAAACGUCCAGAUGUCCUUUACGAGGAGGUGAUCGAGGUGGACGAGCGCGUCACUUUGGAAGACUACGCAGAAGAUCCGCAACGAAACACUACCACUACUCCCCGGGAACAGACCCGUGGUUUGGUGAGAUCGCAGUUGAAAGAGGUAUACAGCCGCGGGAUUAGAAGCAUAGCAGUAUGUCUUAUACAUGGGUACACCUUUCCAGACCAUGAGGCACUGGUAGGUAGGAUCGCUAAGGAUAUUGGAUUCAGCCACGAGCUGAUUCCGAUGAUUAAACUUGUGCCGAGGACCACUUCAGCCUGCGCCGACGCGUAUUUGACCCCUGCCAUCAAGAAGUAUAUCUCUGGAUUUCAAGCCGGAUUCGAGGGUGGCCUACGCAGCGACAGUGUCAAACAGCAGGCGGGCACCAAAGGCGCACGCUGUGAAUUUAUGCAAUCAGACGGUGGCCUCAUGGACGUGGACCAAUUUUCAGGCCUACGAGCACUUCUGUCAGGGCCUGCUGGCGGAGUGGUAGGGUAUGCGUUGACUUCCUAUGAUCCUGUGUCUAAGACAGCUAUAGUAGGCUUUGAUAUGGGAGGGACGAGUGCGGAUGUUAGCAGGUAUGGAUCCGGCCGGUACGAACAUGUCUUUGAGACAACCACUGCUGGAGUGACAUCCCAGUCUCCUCAGUUGGAUAUCAACACUGUUGCUGCAGGUGGUGGCUCCAGAUUGUUCUACCGUAACGGUCUUUUCGUCGUCGGGCCUGAGUCCGCAGGAGCUCAUCCAGGGCCCGCAUGCUAUCGCAAGAGUGGACCACUCACAGUAACCGAUGCCCUUCUAUUCCUUGGGCGAUUGGUCCAGACUUCUUCCCGAAGAUUUUCGGCUCAGAUGGAAUCCAGGAACUGGAUGAACAAGCCAGCCGGGUGUUGUUUGAGGAACUAA